AUGACGGUAUCAGUUCUUUGUUUCUACUCCCGUCGCCCAGAAGUCACCCCGGAGCAUUUCCAGUCAUACAUGGAGGAAACCCAUCUGCCUUUGAUCAAGGAGGUCUUCGAGAUGCAUCCCCCGCAGUCGUACAGGUUGCGCUAUGUAAUACGCGUCAAGACCGGGGCCGGGGACCGACUGGGCGCUGUCACAUCAAGCAGAGCAAAAGCGGAUCCAGAUGCGCCAGUUGUACUUGUCGGGUCUCCUCAAGAUAUGGAUUGGGAUGCAGUAGGAGAGAUGGUGUUUCGGGAUGAGCUGCACAUCCAGCAGUGUCUGUCCAUAAUGAACGGCCCCGGUGGGCAGCGAAUAAAAGAGGACGAGGAAACUAUUGCGAUACCGGAGAAGACCCGGAUCGACGAGCGAGAGGACAAACGCCACCGGGUGGCGUCCGAGGAGUAA